GGAGGCCUGGGUCGCCGCCCGCCUUUCCCUGCCCUCCCCGUCUUCCCUCCCCUCCCUGCCCCGCUCUUCUCUUCCCGUCUGAGGUGGCGGCCGGCCUCUCUCCUCUCCAGCUCCGUUUCAGCUCCAGCCCUGGCUCCCCGUUUCCGUCGGGCCCCAACACCGGCCUGAGCUGUUUCCCUUUGGCUCCCGGGUGGUCGUAUAGCCGCUGGCCCCUCGAGUCCCCGCGCCUUGUGCUCUCGCUGGGCCUCGGUCCUCGCCGUCCCCCGCCAUGAAUGAGGAGUACGACGUGAUCGUGCUGGGCACCGGCCUGACGGAAUGUAUCCUGUCAGGUAUAAUGUCAGUGAAUGGGAAGAAAGUUCUUCACAUGGACAGAAACCCAUAUUACGGAGGAGAAAGUGCAUCUAUAACACCCCUGGACGAUUUAUACAAACGAUUUAAAAUACCAGGAGCACCACCAGCAUCGAUGGGGAGAGGAAGAGACUGGAACGUGGACUUAAUCCCUAAGUUUCUCAUGGCCAAUGGUCAGCUGGUUAAGAUGCUGCUUUAUACAGAGGUCACUCGCUAUCUGGAUUUCAAAGUGACUGAAGGGAGCUUUGUCUAUAAGGGAGGAAAAAUCUACAAGGUUCCUUCCACUGAAGCAGAAGCCCUGGCAUCUAGCUUAAUGGGACUGUUUGAAAAACGUCGCUUCAGAAAAUUCCUAGUGUAUGUUGCCAACUUUGAUGAGAAAGAUCCCAGAACUUUUGAGGGCAUCGAUCCUAAGAAGACUGCAAUGCGAGAGGUGUACAAGAAAUUUGACUUGGGACAAGAUGUCAUAGAUUUUACUGGCCAUGCCCUGGCACUUUACAGAACCGAUGACUAUCUAGAUCAGCCAUGUUGUGAAACCAUUAACAGGAUUAAACUUUACAGUGAGUCUCUGGCAAGAUAUGGCAAAAGCCCGUACCUUUACCCACUCUACGGCCUCGGAGAGCUGCCACAGGGAUUUGCAAGGCUAAGUGCUAUUUAUGGUGGUACCUACAUGCUCAAUAAACCCAUUGAAGAAAUCAUUGUGCAGAAUGGAAAAGUGAUUGGUGUGAAAUCUGAAGGAGAGGUUGCUCGCUGUAAGCAGCUCAUCUGUGAUCCCAGCUACGUCAAAGACCGGGUAGAAAAAGUAGGCCAGGUGAUCAGAGUUAUCUGCAUCCUCAGCCACCCCAUCAAGAACACCAAUGAUGCCAACUCCUGCCAGAUCAUCAUUCCCCAGAACCAGGUCAAUCGGAAGUCAGAUAUCUAUGUCUGCAUGAUCUCCUCCGCGCACAACGUGGCCGCACAGGGAAAGUACAUCGCCAUAGUCAGCACCACUGUGGAGACCAAGGAGCCGGAGAAAGAAAUCAGACCAGCUUUGGAGCUUUUGGAACCAAUUGAACAGAAAUUUGUUAGCAUCAGUGACCUCCUCGUACCAAAAGACCUGGGAACAGAAAGCCAGAUCUUUAUUUCCCGCACAUACGAUGCUACCACUCACUUUGAGACCACCUGUGACGACAUCAAAGACAUCUACAAGAGGAUGACCGGGUCCGAGUUUGACUUUGAGGAAAUGAAGCGCAAGAAGAACGACAUCUAUGGGGAAGAUUAACCGCAGCGCGCGCGCGCGUCUUGUUAGGACAGACUUAACUCUGGCGAAUGCCGCGUACUGUGUGCAGUCACUAUCGUAAGGCCUGCUUCGCAAUCCAAACGGAGAUUGCAGAGCACUGUCCCAGUAACUACUCCUCCCCUCUCUCCUAUCAUGUAGUAACUCGUUUCCGUGGAGCAGCUCUUCACAACAGGCAGGUCACCACAUUCUGUUCAAUGUAACCGAUACUGGCUUUUUUCCCCAGUGAAGGAUCAGUUUUAAGAAAAUCCUGUGGUCCUGAUAACGGAGCACCUGAUACAGUAUUUGUAUCUUUUAAUCAGCGUCCCCUCCGCGGCCGGAGCAGCACCAUUCACGUGCUGUCUCUCCCCUUGGCGUUGAGAUUCCAACCGAAUAUUCCAUGACUUGGGACAUUUCGUGUGUCCUGUCAGCUGUUAUGACCAUGCCCACGGAACACAGCCACACGUUGGGGUUCCGUGGGCCUACAGUUCUAACCCAACUGCAGACCUGAGAGUCAUUUUGGAGGAAGCCUGUGUGCGGUGUUCUAACCUGAUAAAAUUGAUGAGCAAGGGGGAAAGAAACCUGUGGUAAAGCAGGUAAACGUAGAAGCUUCUUUUGUAUCCCAGGUGUGGCUUCUUGACUGGACCAAGCUGCGAUGCAGUAUUGAUUUGACAGAGCCUGCACUUCAGUGAUGUCUGUCUCGAAUGGCUCCACAUGAUUUCUGUACUGCAAAAUAAAGCCAGACUCUGGAAACCA